AUGGUGAAUCUCCAGUCCAUCGUAGCUGCUGCGGCUGCGGCAUUGAUGUUCCAAGUCUCGUAUGCGCAUCCGGGAGGAGAUGCAGACCAGGAGCUGGUGGAGCGUGCCGCAUUCCUUCAAAAGCUGGGUCCUCGAGCCCCUAACGCCUGUCAAACGAAACUGGCGGAGAGAGGAGUUGCUGCCAAAUUGGCGGAGAGGAGAAAUGCGAUGAUCAAGGAUAUUCGAGCGAAACGCGGUCUUCAAGCACACGCGCCGUUCCUCCAGGCUCGAGAUCUUAAAAAAGUUUUGGCCACGAACCACCAUUAUACUGGAUCCGCCAUCACUGCCGAAUCCACCCCAGAUGUUAUCUUUGCGGGGGUCAAUGAGACCGUGCUUGCCCCGGAGACCACGGAGGGCCCGUACUAUGUUUCGGGAGAGCUUGUCCGGUCUGAUGUGACGGAGGAAGAGCCUGGUGUACCCCUUGCGCUCCACAUUCAACUGAUCGAUAUCAACACCUGUGAGCCUCUCCCCAACAUUGCCUUGGAGAUCUGGCACUGCAAUGCAACCGGUGUGUAUGGCGGAGUCACGGCGGGAGGAAUGGGCAACGGCGAUGCGGCCGACACCACGCUUUUGCAAAAGAAAGCACUGCGGGGUAUCCAGGUUUCCGACAAGGACGGCGUCGUAUCCUUUGAAAGCAUCUUUCCAGGGCAUUAUACGGGUCGUGCAAUUCAUAUUCAUAUCAUGUCUCACGUGGACGCGAAAGUCAACCCCAACAAUACUCUAAGCGGUGGAACCGUUGCUCACGUCGGACAGCUGUAUUUUGACCAGGAUCUAAUCACCCAGGUUGAGAAGGUCGCGCCAUACUCCCAGAAUACCGCUCGGAUUACCACCAACGAAAAUGACUUCAUCCUGGCCCAAGGAGCCGGUAACGAACAUGAUCCCGUGGCGGAGUAUAUCUUCGUUGGCGAUGGGGUCGACGACGGCAUCUUUUCGUGGCUCACAGUUGGCAUCGACCCCGCCAAUGAAAAGACGGUAAAUGCUGCGGCGACUUGCACCGAAACUGGGUGUACCAGCCGUUCGGGCGGUGGAUUCGGUCUUCUAGGAGGGUUGGCUGGCCUGUUUGGAGGGUUUGGGGGCCGCGGGAACUAG